AUGGCUAGCCUAGCGGAGAGGCAGACUCACAUCCUUGAACAACAGAAUGCAGCACAGUCAAGGCCAUUUGUGCAACCUACAGAGAUCCGCCUCACCGCAAUUGAGAGGUUCAAGAAGUUGGGGGCUCCAUCAUUUUCUGGAUCGCCCAAUCCUAUGGAGGCAGAGGCCUGGUUAAGGAGGGUAGAGCAGAUAUUUUCUGUGAUGGAAGUAUCAGACGAGCAGCGAGUUGCACUUGCUAGUUUUAUGCUGGUGGAGGAGGCUGAAUAUUGGUGGGAGGCCACGCAACGCCUACUUACGGCAAGUGGCACCGGAGGAUUGACCUGGAACCAAUUCACUAAGGUUUUCAAUGACAAGUACUUUCCAGCUACCUAUCGGUAUGAAAAAGAAAGAGAGUUCCUUCGGCUAGAGCAAGGGGAUUUGACUGUAGCUCAAUAUGAAGCUAAGUUCAUUUCUUUAUCUCGUUUUGCCCCUUCGUUUGUGGAUGAUGAGGAGGUCAAAUGUCGUCGUUUUACAGAUGGGUUGGAUUUGGACAUCAAAUCUCGUAUCCGAGUAUUGGGAAUAACUAACUAUUCAACCUUGGUUGAUAAAGCCUUAACAGCUAAGAAAGAUGUCAUAGAAAUGAAGUUAGUGGAACAACAGAAGAAGCGCCACCUUAGUUCAUCCCAUCAUGAGAACACAUCUAAUAGACCGUCAAAGAGAGGUGGUCAUGGUUAUGGUUCAGUCAAGAGCUCUAGUGCAUAUCAAAAAAAUAGAGAGCAUCCCACCCUAACCCAAAGCAUUUCUAAUCAGCGUCAUGGACAGUCUAGUGGGACAUCAUCUCAGUUUACUCGAAGUGUUUGCAAGCAAUGUGGGCGGGCACAUACAGGUGUUUGUUAUGCUGGUACCGACUUGUGUUUUCGUUGUGGCCAGAAGGGUCAUUUGGCUAGAUAUUGCACACGAACUGCUUCAUCUGCUAGUACUGGAGUUGGUAGUAAUAAAAUUUCCGGUGCCGGCCGAGGGGGAAGCCGAGGAGGAGGUCAAGUUGGGACUAGGUUUGGCAAGCAGAAUAAAGGAGGUGUUCAAUCCGAUAGACAAACCUCGCAGGGGAGAGCUUUUGCUUUGACUCAGCGGGAUACUCAGGCUAAUCCGGAGGUGGUAACAGGUAUUAUUUAUGUGUUCAGUAGGGAGGCACAUGUACUUAUUGAUCCAGGUUCUACACAUUCUUUUGUAUCUCUAUCAUUUUCUUUGCAUGCUGAUAAACCUAUUGAACCUCUAGGCUAUUGCUUAUCCAUUACUACUCCUAUUGGGGAUUGUGUUAUAAUUGAGGAGGUAUAUCGAGGUUGUUUAUUACAGUUGGGAAAUAGGGAGAUGGUAGCGGAUUUAUUGCCUUUAGAGAUGCUUGAUUUUGAUUUGAUUUUGGGAAUGGAUUGGUUGGCUUCUUACCAUGCUUCGGUGGAUUGUUAUAGGAAAGAGGUAGUAUUUUCCAAUUUUGGGGAACUUGAAUUUAGAUUUUGUGGAGAUUGA